ACCACUUCCGAUCUGCGGUGAACAUAAGCCAGGUUUACGGCUGGUUCCUGGCCUUCUUGUCGUUUGUCAACAUGUUGAAGUUCCUCCGACUGUUGAGGUUCAACCCAUUCAUCGCCAAGCUGACGGCCAUGAUCCGAGGGAUGGCGGUGGAGUUCUCCUCCUUCAUCUUCUACUUUUUCUUUUGGAUGUCAGCUUUCGGAGUCUACGCAUAUCUCAUGUUCGGCCUUGCUGUGACAGAGUACAGCGCCAUCAGCAAGUCCUUCUCCACAUUGUUCCAGAUGUCUCUUGGAAGCUUCAACUUCUACCAGCUACGGGAGGCCGCCCCCAUCCUUGGCCCCAUCUACUUCUUCGCUUUCAUUUGCAUAAUCUUCCUGAUGCUGAUGAACAUCUACAUGGCGAUCAUCGACAGCGCUCUUCCCGAUGUGCGGAACCACGACAUGCCUGAAGAGGACCGGUACUUCAUCCAGGGGUUGUGGGAACGCUUCACGGCAUUCUUCGGCUUCUGGAAAGCACCAGUCACAGAUCACGACAUCAUGGAGACGCUUAACAACAGCUUGGUCGAGGUGGAGAUUAAAGUGGAGAAACUGUGGCUGAAGAGACAGUCGCUCUUUAACCUCAAGGAGAAGGACGCGGACCUCCCGACAGAGCCCGAGUUUGUGCCGACUGUCAGAGACGUUCCCGAUCCUGCAGCAGUGAAACUUCAUGCUCGCCACCGCACCAUCAAGGUCCUCCCUGCCUCCCCGAACGUCUGCACAGACGACGGUAGUCAAGCGAUCCACACUGAGGACAAGGUGCCAGUGGUGGCGGCAUGCAGCCACCCGUCAAAAGAGGAGGACACCCAGGAAAGUCAUCUAGCCAAACAAGCCGGAAAAAUAAAGUUCAUCCGAUCCAAGGAGAAGAAAAGUGACAAGACGUCAACCAAAGGAGCAUGUUCUGCUCUGCACGAUCGUGUUGAUCAUUCUGAGGAGCCUAAGGUGGAAUGGCCAGGUGUCAAGCUAAGCGCUCGUGACCGAGUGGUUCUGGCAUUUGGCGAGAUGCUGACAGAUGACCAUAUCCAGGCUGCCCAGAUGCUGCUCCGCCGACAGUAUCCGGCACUGCAAGGGAUAGAGGCGCCUGCGGUUGGUCACUGUGAGGACGGAUUUGCCAAGAUGACAGGAAAGGGGCUACAAAUCCACCACAAUAGCAGUCAGCACUGGGUUCUCUCGUGUUGUGCAGACGGACAGGUUCGCCUGUAUGACAGCCUCGGCGUUGCCAUGACUCCAUCUCUGCAGAUCCAGCUUUACCAGUCGUACGCCGCGUUUGCUGACCAAACGAGAAACGUCCUGACCGUCAUCUUACCGGACGUACAGCGUCAGGAGAACAUCUUUGAUUGUGGGCUGUUCGCCAUCGCCUGGGCAGUGGACAUCGCAGAUAGGCAAGACGUGAGCAGGGUUGUGUAUGACGUCAGGAAGAUGAGGAGCCAUUUGGAGACGUGCUUCAAACUCGGGAAACUCACACCGUUUCCACGUCUGAUCAGCUACAGGAAGGUCGGUCCAACCAAGGCACAGCAAAUCUCGCUGAUCUGCCACUGUGACCAGGGGGAGCGUCUGGGAAGGAUGCAGACAUGCGAGGCAUGUCGGAGGAUCUUUCACGUCAACUGUCUGCCUGUCAGCCCUUCCAGGAAUGACACGUGGACAUGUGUCAACUGCGCUGUGUAAGAAAACAUUGUACUGCUGUGUAAAACUACUGUGCUGAUUGACAUUUGAAGACAAAGAUUAAAAGAACUAUUUGUUCUCCUGAGGGAAGGAAAGCUCAGUGAGCUCUCAAGGAGCACUCAAAUGUGGCGUGGUCAUCUCUGGAGUCAUGGCAUAACGUUGAAUUGAUCAUUUCAUUUUUGCGUGUGUUUAUGUGUGUAAUCUAACUUAUCAAUUUUGUCAAAAAUCUAAGAUGUGUCUUUCUUAUCGGUAAAUAUUUUGGUUUUCAAAAGUCUUUGUAAAGUACAUUUACCUAUCUUAUAGAUGCUAAAUGUCAACAUUUUUAUUGUGUGUGUUGUCCUUGAAAUAUUUUAAGAUAGCAACAUCUUUCAGGACUUGGUGUGUUAAAUCACCAAGUUGGAUUUUUCACUGCCUAAAAUAGAUGAUGGUGACCGGAUGAUGAUGAUGAAAGUUAAGUAACAAUUAUGCAUAACAAAGAAACUAAAUAGCUGCGCAAUGAUGUCAUUUUGUCACUUGAUGAGAUUUUAGUCAGACAGACACAAACUACUGCUUGUAAAUAUUGCGUGUGCUUAAUUAGAAGUCAAGUAUGAAAACAGCCGUUUGUUCCUAUGAUGAACGGAAAAAUCAAUGAGGUUUCCAUGAGCACUCAAGGAUGAAAAAAUUGGUCUGGUCAUCUCAGGAGUCAUGGCAAAAUGUUGAACUGAUCGUUCCACCAUGACUGUUUGAUAUGUUUUAAUUUGAUGUGAGAUAUUAGUGAUUUAGUCCAGGAUAUAUAUAUAUCAUGAUGUCUCCUCUUUCGUCAUCAGUAAAUGUACUACUUUGAUAAUACUUUGUACAUAGUAUAUUUGUAUAUUUACCAUGUGUAGAUUUUAUGAUGUUUAAUGAAUACUGUUGAAUAAUGUUACCAUGUAUAUGCGUUACGUAUUUGAAACAUGCCCAACU